GCCGCCGCUCCCGCCACGCCGUCCGGCCGCGCCCGCCGGGGUUCCGCCGGCCGGAAGCUCCCGCCUCCGCGGGCGAAGGCCGCUCGGCCGCCGCAGGUGAGGCCGCCGGGGCGGGGCGGGGCGGCGCAGGUGGGGAGCGGGGCAGCCGCGGAGCACGUUCCCGGGACGGGCUCCCCGCGCGCUCUCCGGCGGGAUCGCCCCUUUUGCUCCGCCGGGCGCCCUUCGGACUCUGCGGCCGCUCCUGCCGUCGGGUGGAUGAGAGCCGGCCGAGCGGCGCCGGGCAGCGCCUGAGGCCGGGCCGAGCGCCAGCCAUGUCGAGGAGCGCCGGCUCGGAGGGCGGGCAGCCCGGCCGGUCCCUGCCGCCCCGCGGGGCCGGCCCUGGCUCGCCGCUCCCGCGGGACGCGGAGCCCGGCGCCGCCGCCCCCUUGCCGCCGCCCCCGCUCCCGCUGCAGCCGCCUUUCGGGCCCGACGCCUGCCCCGGGCAGGGCAGCCCCGGCCCGAGCGGGCCGGCCGAGCUCAAGCCGGUGCGGCGGUUCAUCCCGGACUCCUGGAAGAACUUCUUCAAGGGGAGGCGCAACCACGGCUCCAGCUGGGACAGCACGGCCUCCGACAUCAGGUACAUCUCGGACGGGGUAGAAUGCUCGCCGCCGGCCUCCCCGGCCCCCCUGCAGCCGAAGCCCAGGUCGGUGCCCGGCUCCUACAAGGACCCGUACGGAGGAUCGGGCGGGAGCUACAACUCGCGGAAGGAGGCCGAAGCCAUGCUGUCCGGGGACCCCUUCAGCUCGCUGGAGCACCGCGCUGCCACCGGGCAGACGUACAGUGAGCGGGUGGAAGCCUACAACCAGCGGUACGCCUACAUGAAGUCCUGGGCCGGCCUGCUCAGGCUCCUCGGUGUGGCGGAGCUGCUGCUGGGCGCCGCCGUCUUCGCCUGCGUCACGGCCUACGUGCACAAGGAUAACGAGUGGUACAACAUGUUCGGCUACUCGCAGCCCUACGGCUACGGGCCCAGCAGCACCUAUGGAGGCUACUCCUACAGCGGACCCAAAACGCCUUUUGUCCUGGUGGUGGCGGGAAUGGCGUGGAUCGUCACGAUAGUGCUGCUGGUGCUGGGCAUGUCGAUGUACUACCGGACGAUCCUCCUGGAUUCCAACUGGUGGCCUCUGACUGAGUUUGGAAUUAAUGUGGCCUUGUUCAUCCUGUACAUGUCGGCUGCCAUAGUGUAUGUAAACGAUACCAACCGAGGCGGGCUCUGCUAUUACCAGUUCUUCAAGACGCCGAUAAAUUCAUCUUUUUGCCGUGUGGAGGGAGGUCAGACAGCAGCAAUCAUCUUCUUGUUUGUCACAAUGAUCAUCUAUCUAAUUGGUGCUAUGGUGUCUCUGAAGCUGUGGAGGCAUGAGGAAGCCAGGAAGCACAGGCAGUUGAUGGAACAGGAGAUGAAAACACAGUCAUCUUUUCCAGAAAAGAAGUAUGAAAGUGAUGACAGAGCAAGAGAAGAGGUCACUUACACGCAACUUAAAUCAGUGGGAAGAAAACCAGAACUCCUUAACGGUCAUAUACCUGCAGGCCACAUUCCUAAACCCAUAGUGAUGCCAGACUACCUAGCGAAAUACCCAGCAAUUCAAACAAAUGAAAUGCGAGACCGAUACAAAGCGGUAUUCAAUGAUCAGUUUGCGGAGUAUAAAGAACUGUCGGUGGAAGUUCAUGCUGUAUUGAAAAAGUUUGAUGAGCUGGAUACAUUGAUGAGACAGCUUCCUCACCAUCCUGAAAGUGUAUAUGAACAGGAAAGGAUAUCAAAAGUUCUGCAAGAAUACAGGAAGAAGAAAAAUGAUCCUGCAUUUCUGGAGAAAAAGGAGCGUUGUGAAUACCUAAAGAAUAAGCUUUCUCACAUAAAACAACGAAUUCAGGACUAUGAUAAAGUUAUGAAUUGGAAUGUGGAAACUUAGCUGUGCCUUCACUUUGGGGAUACUAUUUUCUAUUUUGUAAAUCAAUAUGCAUAUUUUAAACUAUUUAUUUACUCUCAGAACAGUACACCUAUGGGGAUUGCUUAAACACUUUCACUUAGAUGUUGUACAUUAGUGGUAAGUUUUGUAUGCAGAUCCAAUUUUAAACCAAUGUAAUGAAGUUAUCGGAUAAAUUUAGAAAACCUGGGCUAAUGUUCUGCUUUUAUUAGACAGUACACAACCUGGCCUCUUAAAUAUGAAUACUUUAUUUCAAAGUAUUGUGUUUGCAAAAUUGCAAAGCCCAUCAGAGAAAGCAGCUCCAAAUUCCGCAUCAAAAGUUUGCACAGAAAUGUCAUUAACGAUUUCAGAUUUUGUAGGUGAGAAUAGUAUCAGAAAGAGCUGGCCUGUUGUUUCUGUCUGGGAUUUGGUGCAGUGUUUAAUUAUAUUGAAUAGUUUUGGCAAGUUGAAAAUUAGUUUCAUAAGACUUUUUGUAUUGUAUUUCCAAAUGCUCUGCUGUAUGUCAGAAGUUAUCUGGAAUUUCACCCAACAAGAGAUGCAAAAUAACUGGGCAGGGGUUGGAGAGGGUUGGUUGUGUUGGGGUUUUGGUUUUGUUUUGUUUUUAUUUCCUCUCUUUAGAGGCGAUACAAGAAAUUUUUACAUGGCCCUAAUGGAACAGAGGUACAGGAUGAGACUCAUGUUUAGCGUUCCAUUGGUGUUGCUUGAGGACAGUAUGCUCUGCGUACCUUUUCUGGGUCAACUUAGUAAGAAUCCAUGGGUUUAAAGGCAAAAUACUUUAUUCUUCAUCAGCAAGUAACAGGACGGUUUGUCUAGGCAGCAGCUGUUCGUGAACUUGGCAUUCAGAGAAUAAGUACAGUAAAAUUAAUUCUCAUUCAAAGUAUAAAUUAUUAGUAUCCUUUAUAAGGCCAGGUAAAAUGUUUUUAUAGACAUGCUUUCCAGAGCAUAUCUGCAUAAAUUCAAUAUACAUUUUUAUAUUUUGUAUCGGGGAUAUGUUUGUAUAUGCAAAUGUUUUCAUAAGCCAGUAAAUUUUCUCUUUGUAUCCUUUUUUCACAUCUUUACUUUUUCUACUUACUAAAAUUUUUGGAAGCACUGA